UUAUAAUAAACGCAAUCCUACGGCUUAUAUUAUAUUCAUAAACUCUGUUACAAAUUUCCGGAAUCACCCAACUCUCCCUUCUUCUUUCCUCUGUUUUUGCGAUCCAAACCCUAAUUUUACUAACAAUUCUUCAGAAAUCCUGUUUCUUAAUCAGAGAUGGAACGCUCUCUCUCCUCUUUGACGUUUAAAGGUUCGAUUCCUGAAGCCAUUGCUGAAGCUAAAAAGCAGAAGAAGCUUUUUGUUGUUUACAUUUCAGGUGAGAUGUCAAUUCAGUCAACUUGGAAAACACCACAUGGACUGACUUGUGCAAUAUAUCCACAAAACUCUGUUCCUUGUAUAACGGCUAUCGGAUACAAUGGUGUACAAGUAUGGAAAAGUGAAGGGUUUGUUAGUGCUGAAGUUCUGGCAUCCAAUUUAGAGAAGGCAUGGUUGAGUCUUCAUAUUCAGGAAACAACUGCAACGGUAUUGUCUGCCGCACUUGCUUCAAAAAAAUCUGAACCACCCCCUUCAGAGACUUCUGUUAUUGGCACAUCUGAGCAGGGAGGUUCUUCAGGUACAGCUGUUCCAUCCCCUACAUUGCAGAAAAAUGUCCAAUCCUCAGAGGCGACAUCAUCUGUUGGAUCUGAGAUGGCGAAGGAAAAUAAUACUGAAAAGGGUGUAAAGACUUCUUUGGAAUUUGCAAGUGGCAGCCAGUCAGGGAGUAUUGAAGAUGAGCUCUCCACCUCUUCCUCUGAAGCAGUAAAGGAUUCUCUUGGUACUGUAAUGGCAGAGCCAAGCAAUUCUAGAACAGAGCAUGAGUCUUUCGAUGCAGCCCCUGUGCUUGACCCUGUCAUCAAAAGGAAUAUUAAUCAUCAUUCCAGUGGUCCCGAAGUACAUUCAAAAGCAAUUUCAGCUGAAGCAAAGGUAGCAGUGCAAUAUGAGAAGGCAGAUGACAAAAAUGAUGAGAAGGUUAAGUCAUUGGCUGAUUGCGGUAAAGUCAAUGAAUCAAGUGAUGUUCAUUUAAAUAUCCGAUUACAUAAUGGUGUUAGCCUACGAGAGAAAUUUGAUUUGACAAGCAGUUUAAGGGUGGUGAAAGAUUAUGUGGAUAACCAAGCAAGUAGCCUGGGCCCCUAUGAUCUUGCUGUUCCAUAUCCUCGCAAAGUAUUUAGUGAUGAAGAUUUAAGCAAAUCAUUAUCAGAGUUGAGUUUGUUUAACAGACAAACAUUGGUAGUAGUUCCACGUCAGAAAGCUUCAUCUUCAUCCUUUGAGAAAACCAACUCUUCAACUAAUGCUCAUCCUUCCAAUGAAACGGCUGGGGGCUAUUUUGGAUAUGUUCGAAGAAUGUUGUCAUAUGUGAAUCCUUUUUCCUAUUUCAGUGGUGGAGCCAACUCAUCAAGUUCAGGACAAGAUUCUCAGACCGGCAUAUGGGAAUACAGUCCAAAUUCUGCAUUUCGAAAUAACCUUGCUAGAAGAGAGACAAAUGACAGUACUUCAUCCAGCAGAAAUGACAGUAAGGAUGGGCCACGAACCACAUCUGCUUUUGGGAGCAAUAUUCAUACAUUGAAACGUGAUGAAGAUGAUGACCGUUUCAGUGAUAGAAACGCCUUCUGGAAUGGAAAUUCGACACAGUAUGGUGGUGACAACAAUGGCAAAUAAGGUUCCACUAGACUCAACUGCAAAGAUUCUGAGCCCUGAAUUAUGUAAGAACUUGGCUUCCGUCUUGUUUGUUUUUCCAAACCUCCUAACUUUGGUGUAGAGUCUGAUUCGUAAAUAAAACUAUCGGACAUAAUAAUAACGAAAGGUCCAUAAUAUUUCUGUCUAGAUUUUCCGCUAUUCAAAAGAGAGUAAAGCCACUAGAUAUUUGUACAAGUACAUAUUUUUGGUUGUCAAUAUUGCCCCUUCCAAUUGCUUGAUGAAUUUA